CCAUCUAAGUUCUUUUUGAGCGGCUGGAAACUUAGUACAUGCAUUGUGCAUAGACACAGGGGCGCACGCUCGCUUUGGCUAUCCAGCAUAAUGUUGCAUGGGCUUAGAUUUUGCACCACGCAUGAACUGAUGUCCAUCAGUCAGCCGAACCUAGUUAGAGUUCCAGAGUUAUGGAUGCGCACCAUCUGCGUCAGGUGGAGGGAACUCCAAUCAAUACCCAACGAACAAUUUAGCUUGAUUUGUUUUGGCAUAGACAUUGGCCUAAAUGCAGAACCUGAGUAACAUCUAAUCGAACAAUCAUUGUUCAUCUAUAUAAGAUAAGCAGACGCCAGCGUGCUACCAACUCGAUCCCUAAUCCUGUCGUGCCACUCCAACAUGAAAUAUCAUUCAGCAACUUCGGAUUCCCAGCAGAAGCAAUCGGACAUCAAUGCCAAUCAGACAGUGAGCUCAUGCCUCUUUAACUGUGGGCAGGCUUCUCCUAUCCAGACUUCGGACAACAAUGCUCGAGAUAUGAUCGUUACAUCUAAGGGGUCCAAAACUGCCGAACGCAAUGAAGGUCAUGAUAUACUACCAAAUGAGACUACUUCUUUGCUGGAUGGAGACACACCCUUCACUUAUGGUGUUGCAGACCAUAUGCAUCGGAGCCCUACUUGGCGAGAAGAGUUCAAAGUACUAUUGAAGUCCUCGGGUCCUCUUAUCAUAACAUUCGUUUUACAGUACUCACUUCCGAUAGCUAGUAUUGCGACCGUAGGACGCAUUGGAAAGAUAGAGAUGGGGGCUGCCAGUCUAGCAAGCAUGUCAGCGUCGAUCACUGGAUACGUCGUGUACACUGGCUUAGCCUCUUCACUCGAUACACUUUGCUCGCAAGCGUACGGCGCUGGACGCUUUCAUUUAGUUGGCCUUCACUUUCAGCGCAUGCUAUGCUUUCUUUCGAUCGUUACUCUACCAAUUGCCGCGCUAUGGUUCCUGGCUACCCGCAUCCUCUUGGCCAUUGUUCCCGCAGAAGAAGAAGAAACCGCGCGUUUGGCGGGUCAUUACCUUAGGAUUCUUGUCAUAGGGACGCCCGCCUAUGCUACUUUCGAAGCCGGCAAACGCUACCUGCAAGCCCAAAGUCUAUUCAACGCCACAAUGUAUAUCCUACUCGUAUGCGCUCCGUUGAACGCUCUCAUGCACUACUUAUUUGUCUGGAGGUUAUGGGGGUUCGUAGGCGCUCCGGUUGCCGUCGUUGUUACCCAUAACCUGAUGGCCAUUUUACUCAUACUAUAUAUCCGAUUUUCAGACGGAUAUCAGUGUUGGGGAGGAUUCGACCGCAGCGCAUUUUCAAACUGGAUGCCAAUGAUAAAGCUCGCUGUGCCUGGGCUCAUCAUGCUUCUCGCAGAAUUCCUCGCGUACGAAGUUUUAACACUUUCCGCAAGUAGACUCGGUUCUACAUCGCUCGCUGCUCAGAGUGUUCUUGCAAGCAUUACAACAAUUAUGUUUCAGGUGCCGUUUUCGAUGAGCGUUGCAGCCUCCACACGAAUUGGGAUCUUGGUUGGGGCAAGGAAGCUAAGCAAUGCCAUGUUUACAGCCAAAGUAACCACAGCCUAUGCAGCUUUUGUUGGCCUCUUCAAUUUCCUUUUCAUGGUUGUUUUGAAAGGAUAUAUUCCACGUGUGUUCACGCACGAUCAAGACGUCGUCAAUCUUGUAUCGAAUAUUUUACCUCUAUGUGCGGUAUAUCAGGUGCUUGAUGCAUGGGCAUGCCACUGUAAUGGAAUUUUAAGGGCUACAGGCAGACAAAAGAUCGGUGGGAUUGUGGGGUUGUUUGCAUAUUAUAUUGUAGGAUUACCAAUCAGCAUUGGAACCGGGUUCAGCGCUGGAUGGGGUAUAUUUGGUCUUUGGACCGUAAGUAACUCCCUCGACCUUAACCGAUGUGAACUAAUUCUUGUACAGGGCAUUGCAAUCUCUCUUGGGUUUGUAUUUGUUCUCGAGAGUAUAUUGAUAUAUCGUAUCAGCUGGACGAAGGUUCUAAAAGAGGCAGAUAAACGAAACUGUAUAGGAUAG